CUUUUCCUGCAAGGUUCCACCAAUCACAGCUAUUAAACCAUUAGCAACAUAAGGCAGGAAGCGAAGUGCUGCCUGUUGUUUCAGCCUCAAAUUUCCAGCACAUUCCUUCCUGUGAAUCAAUAGCGAAAAGAAAAAAAAAUAUAUAAAAAUAAAGCAAACUACUUCCAGGAGCUAAAUGAGAGCCUCGGAAUAACUGCAGCGGUCUGAGAUCAUUUGUGGAGCUGUCUCUUUGGUAACCGGCCGGUGAAUCAGUGGCUCGCUGAGAUGAAGCUUCUGCUACUACUGACAUUCCUGUCCACUGUAAAUGUUUUCUCUGCCACGAAAUUGAAACCCAACUUUGUCCUGAUAAUGGUUGAUGACCUUGGAAUUGGAGAUGUGGGAUGUUAUGGGAACAAAACACUCAGGACACCAAAUAUUGACAGAUUAGCUGCAGGAGGGGCCAAGCUUACACAACAUAUAGCAGCAUCUCCAUUAUGUACACCUAGCCGAGCAGCCUUCAUGACAGGCAGAUAUCCUGUCCGAUCAGGUUUGGCUGCUGAGUCAAUAUUUGGAGCUUUCAUAUUUUCAGCAUCUUCUGGCGGACUUCCAAAGAAUGAAGUAACUUUUGCUGAAAUUUUGAAAAAAGAAGGUUAUUCCACUGGAAUUAUAGGAAAAUGGCAUCUUGGACUGAAUAAAGAACAGAGAGAUGACUUUUACCACCAUCCUCUUAAUCAUGGGUUUGAUUAUUUUUAUGGAACAACAGUGACACAUUUACGAGACUGCAUCCCGGGAAAUGGCAGUGUAUUUCAAGCUGGAGCAGCUCAGUUUCUAAAGAGGACACUUGUAAUUGCUGUAAUAACACUCUUCACGCUUAUUUUCCUCAACUACAACAGGUUCCUCAAAAUACCCAGGAAAGUUUUUGAAUAUGUUUUUUUAUGCCUCAUCAUUUUUGUUGGACCAGUGAUUUUCUUUUUCUGGAAAUUUCAAUAUUUAAAUUGCUUUUUGAUGAGAAAUUACCAGGUUAUCCAACAACCAGUAGUAUAUGAGAAUCUAACCCAAAGGAUGACAAGUGAAGCUGUCAAGUUCAUACUAAGGAACCAAAACAAGCCCUUCCUUCUAUUCAUGUCAUACAUUCAAGUACACACAGCUCUUUAUGCUUCUUCUGAAUUUAGAGGAAAAAGCAAACAUGGCAUUUAUGGGGAUGCUGUUGAAGAAGUAGACUGGAGUAUAGGGAAAAUUGUCAAUGAGUUGCAUAAAAAUAAACAGCAAAACAACACAUUAAUAUAUUUUACAUCUGAUAAUGGAGCUCAUCUGGAAGAAGUUUCCUCUUCUGGGGAAGUUCAUGGAGGAUACAAUGGAAUCUUCAAAGGAGGAAAAGCGACUAACUGGGAAGGAGGAAUACGUGUUCCUGGACUUCUUUUUUGGCCUGGGGUUAUAAAACCAGAGACAGUUAUUAAUGAACCAACAAGUAACAUGGACAUAUUCCCCACAGUUGUCAAGCUCAGUGGUGCUUCUCUUCCACAGGACAGGAUUAUUGAUGGAUUGGACCUUAUGCCCUUAAUUCAAAGAAAAAGUGUCACAUCCGAACAUGAAUUCCUCUUCCAUUACUGUAAUGCAUAUUUAAAUGCAAUAAGGUGGAAUCAAAAAAACAGUUCAUCUAUUUGGAAGGUCUUUUUCUUUACUCCUAUUUUUUAUCCAGAAGAAUCUGAAGGCUGUUUCAAUAGUCUUGUUUGUCCAUGCUUUGGACAUCUUACCACAAAGCACGAUCCUCCAUUACUUUUUGAUCUAUCCAGAGACCCGGGUGAAAAGAAUCCACUUACACCACAGACUGAACCUAAUUUCUAUAAUAUUUUAAGAACAAUAGAGGAAGCAACAAAGAUUCAUAGAGAAAAUAUUGCAGUGGUAGAGAAUCAAAUGUCAUUGAAGAAUGUUAUUUGGAAACCAUGGCUUCAGGCUUGCUGCUCAUCCUGGCUUGAGUUUUGUUCCUGUGACCAAGAUGAAAAAUUUGUUUUGGCAUGAUCUACCUAAAUAUAAAAAUAAAUAAGAAAUGGAAUACAA